AUGCCGUCGGUACCGAUCCAUCUCCCUUCCGCUUCCGCAACAUCCCCACGCGCCGAGAACCCCCUUCCACAGCUCCUCCACACACCCUCGGGCCUUGCCCUCAUCGAAAUCCAGGGCACAAUCCACUUCCCCCCGCCUGCAGCCUCCGUGGCCUCCACACAAGUCGGCAAACUCGUCUUCCCACACUACAAUCCCGCUAUUAACGACCCGAGCGAUACGAAAUGGAUGAAGCGCGUCUACAUGUACGUGGGCAAGGGCCAGCGCAUGACGGGCGAGUGCAAGAAGCUGCCCAAACCGCUUGGUGUCAUGCGCAAGAGGGAAAAGAUGGAUGUCGAGGAUGUGGAGAUGAGUGGUCUGGGGGACGAGGAUGGUGCGAAAGAUGAGGAGUUGGAGAUUGUGGAGGUGGUGAAGUACAAGAUUGUGUUUUCGUCGCGACCGGAGCCUAUUAGGGAUUGGCAGCAGUGUGGUGGUACGAACUGGUCUGGAGAGACAGCAUGCAGCUCAAGUGCUGGCUGCGUCAAGAUCAAUGACUACUACUCUCAAUGCCAACCUGGUGCUGCGCCUGCACCUGCACCUACAUCUGCGUCUACACUCUCAACCGUGCCGAUACCAACAUCAACAACAGUCUCACCAAGUGCACCAACCACCACCAGCACCCCCGCCGGCACCGGCCCAGGCAAGACACUCCAAAGCGGCUACUACUGGAUCCGCGGAGUCGCAGCCCCCAACUUCCACAAAUACUUCCAAACGAACCCCCUCUACUCGACCGGCCCCGCCCUCCUCGGCGACUACACAACAGCAGGCCAGUUCCAGGUCGUCAGCGGCCAGCUGGUCCAACUCGUCUCCGCGCCCGGCGAGCCUGUCAAGCUUCUCUAUGCUGUAGUGUCUGAAGAGCGCUCCAUCAACGGCAUGUCUCUCGCUGUCAGUUUCUCGGAGAGCAAGAACACGUACGGUACGUUUGCGUGGGGUGGCGAUGAUCUGCAGUGGAGUGUUGCGGGUGUUAAUCGGCCGAAUAAGAGUGCGUGGUAUGUGUGUACUGGGCAGAAGUUGUAUAUCAAUUUGGGGAAUUACUUGUAUCAGACGCCGAGUGGGUGCGCUGAUCAGACUGUGCAUUAUUACAACGAUAAGACGGCGAACAACUAG